GGGAGGUUAAUCGCCAGUAACCAAAAGGUCAAUUUCUUGCAGUAUAAUUACGAUUCGCAUUCCAUAUUUCAACCAAAUAUGUUAGUUAUAUAACCCAAUUAUUUCUACUUCGGAAAUUAGGAGUAGUAAAUUCAAGCGACGGCUUCGAAUUGUGUGAGCAAAAACCCUAGGCGUCGAAACUUGGUGGUUGUAGAUAUUCGGCGCAGUACAAUGGCACCCAUCAGUAAUGUAGCGUACCAUGGUAGAACCAAAUUUUGUGAUUCUGAUCUAAAACCUCGCCGUUCCACAAUACUAAUAGACGGAAUACUCGAAUCGGAGAACAAAACUCGUGGAACAUUCCGUUCCACGAAAACGAUUCGUAACGGCACACUCCAUGCCACUAGGAGUAUAGUUAAACGAUUACAUUCUUAUAAUCGUUUUAACAUUUCUGAUAAUGAUCAGAAAGGUGUAGACCUUAUAGUAAGGUCUAACCCUAAAAUCCCAAUGAGUAGGAAUGCAUAUCUUGGUCAUCAUGCCAAGAUGAUGUCUCCUACGUCAAUUGGUCUUGGUGUGCACGAAUUGACAAAAUCAUUCGUCAAAUCGAUGGAGGCCAAGAUGAUGUCUCGUACAUCUGCUGGUGUUGAUUUAAAUGAUUAUGCUCAUCCUCAAGUGAAGCACAAAUUGUACCUCGUUAGGUGCUUGGACGAAUUGUACAAGAAGUUUAGUAGGCAAGAAGGAAACAUGCCUAACUUGAGGAUUGACUUGAAGGCAUGGAGAAUUAUAAAGAAAAGAGAAACGAUGAUGAAGAAGCUGCUUAAAACACCCAAGAACAUUGGACCAGUACCCGGCGUUAAUAUUGGGGAUACGUUUGAUUUAAGGCUUAAGCUUGUGAUAAUGGGCAUCCACUCUCCUUUAAUUGAUGGUAUCGAUUAUACAAGAGUGAGAGGUCAAUUAAUAGCAAUAUCUAUCGUUGCUACGGAUAGUUACUAUAAUGAUUUGUCCAAGGCGAAUGAGAUUUUAUACACCGGUGUAGGAGGAACAUUUGAACCCAAUGGUAAAUAUGCUAAAGAUCAAGAGCUUAAAAGGGGUAAUUUAGCAUUGAAGAAUAGCAUGGAAUUUCAAAAUGUUGUGAGAGUUGUUCGUGGAAUGAAGAACAAGGGAGUCAAAAACACAGAAUUUAUUUAUGAUGGCUUGUACAAAGUUGUUGCAUGCUACAAGAUAAUGGGACCAUAUGGUAAGAUGCACUUCCACUUUAAGUUAAUGAGGUGUCCCGCUCAGGAACCCAUUAUUUGGAAUUCGUAUUACUGUUAAUUUGGUGAUUAGUUGCAUGGAAACGUCUUAGCAUGAUUAGUGGGCUAGCUUGGAUGAUCACUAUCUACCAUUGCUAUGGAGAAGCUAACCAAGUUACAAAUUGUUUUUUUUUUUUUGGUGCAAAUGAGCCACAAAGGUGGGGAUGAGAAUCGAUCCCAGGAUCACCUGGAACCGGGAUGGAAGCUCUAACCAACUGAGCUAUCCAUCACUCUCACCAAGUUACAAAUUGUGGUGUUAGCUAUGAUUGGUUCUUGCAAAGUUUGCCUAGGUUACGAUCGAAUUUAUUAGAUAGUUUGUAGUUUAUUUCCCUUUGUGUGUGUUUUACGCUAGAUUUCUAUGUUAAUUCAUAGAUAGGUGUUAGUGGAUUAAAAUAUUUACUCCCCCUGUUUUCUUUUAAUAAUUUUAUUUCAAGUUUAGAAUUGGUUUUGAAACAAUAUUUACAUGUAAAUAUAUCCUUACACCUAUAAAAGUUUAACCACUUUCUCUCUUCCAUAAAUAUUGCACCAUUUAAUUUUUUACUCUAUUCUCACUACGACUUUGGCCCUUUUUUGUGAUUUAUGCGUAAGA